GAUCUUUAAUCCUAGAAGUCCUGAGGAAUAUGUCAAAAACAACUUCUGGGAAGCCUGGAGGACCCGAAGUCAAAGAAUCAAGCACAAUAACCAACCUCUUCUCCAACACACGCCUAAUUCUGGGCAUCUCCCUGUUGCUCCGCGCAGCUCUCCUCCUCUGGGGCGAAUACCAAGACGCAAACUCACCUCUAAAAUACACGGACAUCGAUUACUUGGUAUUCACCGAUGCAUCUCGCUAUGUGUAUCACAACCAAUCUCCUUAUCUUCGCGACACGUAUCGGUAUACCCCUCUCUUAGCCUGGCUGCUCUAUCCCACAGCAUGGGGAGGCCGCUGGUUCUGUUUCGGAAAAGCAGUCUUCGCAAUCGGGGACAUCGUAACCGGGUAUUUGAUUUUCUUGCUGCUGAGACAGAAGAUGAGUAAAGCAAGGGCAAUGGGGUUUGCAAGUAUCUGGCUGUUAAACCCUAUGGUUGCGAAUAUCAGCACCAGAGGAAGUUCAGAAGGGUUGCUUGCUGUUAUUGUGGUUGGCAUCUUAUGGGCUGCUAGUGUUGGAAGAACCAUGUUGGCAGGUUGUUUGCUUGGGCUAGGGGUGCAUUUCAAGAUUUAUCCGUUUAUUUACGCGGUUAGUCUGUUUUGGUGGUUGGAUAGACGACAAGCUGGUUCGUGGGAUGGAAGAGGUGGGCUUNUUGGUGGAAUUGUCAAUCGUAGGAGGGUGCAGUUGGCUCUGUUCAGCUUUGUCACGUUCAUGGGGUUGAAUAUACUCAUGUUCAGACUAUAUGGCAUUGAGUUUAUCAGACACAGCUAUACCUACCACCUCACUCGCAUCGACCACCGCCACAACUUCUCAGUCUACAACACUCUGCUUCACAUGAAGUCUGCUCUAGGCUCAUCUUCAGGACUAGGCGUUGAAUCUCUGGCUUUCUUUCCUCAACUCUUCCUCUCUGUAAUUGCCAUUCCUCUGCUUCUGGCAAAGAAGGAUCUGGCAAGUACGAUGUUGGCUCAGACGUUCGCUUUUGUCACAUUCAACAAGGUCUGCACAAGUCAGCCUAAGCUUGGCUACUCUGCUCUUGCCCUCUGGGUCAUUGGUCAGGCUUUGUGGCUGCAGCAAGGAUACGAGCUCGAGUUCCUCGGCAAGUCGACUUUCGUGCCGGGGCUCUGGGUAGCCAGUAUGCUCUUCUUCGGCAUAAACUGCUGGAUCCUCGGUAUCGUGGUGUCGGACAUCAACUCUCAACCUUCCAGUACUUCCGCCGCGCUUUCGGCUAAGAAGGCUGCA